AUGCAAGAAACCAACAUUCUUCUCAACACCGACGAGGUGGCCUAUGAAGCAGUUGAAGAGAUCAAUGAGGUUGAAUCUGACAAUCUUUCGUUGAUCUCAGAUGAAGAUGAAGACGAUUAUAUUCAACGUAAACAUCAAGAGUUGAUGAGUUCAAUGCCUUGGUACCAAAGACCGAGUUUACAAAUACUUGCAUUUGGGUCGUUCUUGUAUAUGAUGUCCACAUCUUUGGCAGAGGGACCUCGUCAAAUGGUGGUUUUCAAACAAAGUUGUAAUUCGGUGGCAGAUUCGCAUGGUAUUUGUGACCCAAUUGCCACACUGGAACUUGUGUCAACCUACAACUUCUACUCGCUUUUGGUGAUGUCAAUUGCUGGAACAACCGUGGUGGGUCGGAUGGGAAGAUUGGCCGACAUUUACGGCCGUAGACCCGUGCUUAUCGCCUUGACCAUCACCAAUGCUGUUGCCAAAUUGAUCAAAUUAUACUUUUUUUCUCACCAUCAAGAUGGUCUUCCCUUCUUUGGAUUGCUUUUUGGUGACUUGAUAGACUCCAUUCUAGGUGGUCAAUUUGCCCAAUCGUCUAUGUCAGCUGCUUACGUUUCGGACGUGCUGUCGGCUAGAAAGCGGACUGUGAGUUUGAGUUUGGCUCAAGGUGCUGCUUGUAUGGGGAUGGCGCUUGGUCCGCUUAUUAGUGAUGCUGUACUUCGUUAUAUGGGCAAAGAUCCAGCAACAAUGCCCAAAACUCCUCAAGAUGGGUUCCUGGCUCUGGCAAUCACUAGAUCCUCCAAAGUAACCCUGUCGGAAUUCUUUCCUCUUCGCAUCGAAUUUGCAGUGCUGGUGUUGACUUUUCUUUAUUUCUUGGCAAUUCCGGAAUCCAGAGGCUACAAGGCAUUGGAAAAGUCACGGGCUUCUUCGUUUGUAUCCACCGCUGACUCUGCACGCAGUGCGGUUCGUGAUGUCAACCCCAAUCUCACCAGCUCAAUUUACACUCAAAUUGCAAACUUUUUCAGACCAUUACACUUGUUAACUUACCCUGACAGUGUUGUGGCUCAAACCCACAAGAGGCACGCCGGCCGUGCCAGAGCUUGUGUGAUGAUAAUGGUGGCUAUCAAUACCGGUUGUGCGACAUGGCUUAUGGGAGUUUCGGCCAUUUUGGUCCAGUACGGAGUCUACAGGUUCAAUUGGUCUGCAGGAGACAUCGGACACCUGUUAUCAUUCUACUCUUUAGCUAGAUUUGCGGUGUUGGUUGGUUUGUCUCCCAUGCUUAAUAACUGGUUGUUGCAGAGAAAGUUUCGGCUCAAAACCAUGAAACGCCAAAUGGAUAUGGUGGACUUUUAUGUUCUCUUGACGGGAUACUUUUUCGAGUUCAUUGCGUUCUUCAGCAUGGCUCAAAGCCGAUCUGCAACAGGAAUGCUUGUGGCUUUUGUUCUGGUUAGUCUUGCAUCUUUGGUGACGCCGGCCACAAUAUCGACUAUAUCGAAAUUCUACCCGGCUUCAAGAAGAGCAGAGUUGUUCACCGCAUGUUUGAUGCUCACCAAUGUCUUGAACGUGGCGGUUCCAUACGUCGUCAUGAGAUUGUACAAUUGGAGUUUGCAUCGUGCCUGGCCUUCUAUGGUCCUCUAUAUUCAUAUGGGCAUUGUGGUGAUUUGUUUCUUUGCCGUGGUGGCCGCAAAGCACAUUUUGAGGUUGAACAAAUAUUCAACCGACGAGCAGUUGAUCUCCACAGCGGCAGAGGUAUCUUUGCGGGGAUAA